AUGACAACUGUUGUAUCAGAAACGUGUGUGCUAAACUGUACUGUAACUGCACCAGUGACGUCACACCCGGUUGUCUACAGUGUUGAGAUGAUCAGAAAUGUCAUCCGCACCACCAACAUGUGUAUAGCUGUGUUUGGCAUCCUCACAAAUCUGUGUAACGUGGAGAUAUUUCGAAGAACAGGUAUACUGGAAAGUGCGACAUCAAUCACUCUCUUUGCGCUCACAGUUACCGAUCUGCUUUCCCUUGUACUUUUUAUUGUGAAUCCACUUCUCGAUUUCCGGAUAGGAACGUCACCCCCUCUUGUCUACACGCUGUACGUCCAGGUGCUCUACAGUUUCCAGAUGACCUACAAAAUGUCCACCUUCUUCACGGUCUACCUCACGGUUCAAAAGUGUUGCUGCGUGGCGCUCCCGCUCAAGUUCAAAUUUAUUUUCACAAUCAAAAAAGUCCUGGCCACCCUACUUGUUCUUACACUAGUUUGCUUUGCCUGUUAUGCUCCUUUGUUUCUCAGUAUAGGAUUUCGGUGGGCAUUUAUCCCACGUUUGAACAAAACGGUAGUUAUUCCAAAUUAUUCGCCCUACCGGCAGACGAUAGUGAUCAUUUUGUACCCCCUGGUCUUGGCUGCAGACCCAACCAUCUCUCAGGUCGUGGUCAUCAGCUGUCUUUUUGUCCUAACCGGAAAACUCAAACAGGCGACAAAAUUCCGAAUGUCCUCAGAGUUGCCAGGAAGCAAGGAGCCGUCCAAGGGGGCACAACUCUCGGGAAAAGAGCUGAGGGCGGUGCAAUCUGUGGUGGUUGUGGCCGCCAUGUUUGUCGUCUGCAAUCUACCCAGCGUUCUCAUCAUGUACGCUUCCUAUGUGGAGCCAGAGUUCAACGACUUCAGACAGCUUGGAGAAAUCUAUAGCCUUGUGGGACUUGUCAGAAUCUCUCUGCUUCUUCUCUGCUCCUCUCUCAACAUCUUUGUGUACAUCACUUACAACUCCAGCUACAGACAGCAGGUGGCGGCUUUGUGGCGGAAACUUGGCACAACACGAAGUCUGGGAAAACGAGAGGAGAAAUAG